AUGGACGCCUUCUUCGUCAUUGCUGCCCCCGUCCCCGCGGAGGACGCUUCUGCGUUCCCCGAAGUUGACAUCUUCGCCGAUCACGACUCAAUAGGCACCAACGGAACCCACGGCUCUUGCAUCAUUGCCUGA